AAAAAGAUUAGCUCUAGCUAUGUUCAAGAAUAACGCUCAAGGUCACUUUAGUUGAAUUGUCUUAUUUUAAUUAUGACAAGCUUGCCUUCACUAUGCUGUCGAGCCUGGACUGGUUUAAGCAGUUUUCUUGCGUCAAGUCCUUCCGUGAAGCCCAAGAGCAGUCAAAAACUUGCUUCCAAUUCCGAGCCAGUACAGUUAGCCUUUCACUGUGCGCAACCCCAAGAUGAGGAAGAAGGGAAGGCACCUAUAACAUUACUUCACGGCAUAACUGCCUCCAAAGAAUGUUGGUUCGAUAUUCCUCAAAUUCUUGCUAAGAAAACAAAGAGAAAAGUUUAUGCUGUAGAUCUCCGACACCAUGGGGACAGUCCAUGGAGUGAUACAUUCGAAUUCGAUUCAAAUAUUCUUGACCUCCAACAUUUCAUGGAAACUGAAAAAAUCGACAAAGUCAUCUUGGUUGGACACAGCAUGGGAGGAAUGAUCGCCAUAAAAUUUGCAUUAGCAAUGCCACAGAAAAUUGAGAAGUUAGUGGUAGAAGAUGUUACUAUUGGGAAAAUUCCGCAGGAAGUUAUCCAACUUUUGGAAAGCAAAUUGGAAAUUGCAAAAGCUAGUAUUAAAGAAAUACCAGGCGAAUUGGAUGACGUAGCUGCUCAUAAGCUCUUGCCCAAGAUAAUGAUCCAGAAAGUACCCCCAGACUUUAGAGAAUUCGUCAGAUUUGACGAGAACACAUUUACCCUGAAGAAAGUGAAUGGAAAAUUCACCUUUAAAGUGAAUAUCAAUGCAAUCGAAUCUGCACUGGAGAGAUUGUCCGGCACUAUACCUAAACCUAAUGGGUGCUACAGUGGAUCGACGUGUUUCAUAUAUGGAAAAAAAUCCCCCUUCAAUGUAGGAUCCGAUGAAAAUAUUAUAAAAAGGUAUUUUCCAAACGCAGAGCUUAUAGGUAUUGAAAAUGCUGGGCACACCGUUCACAACGAGUGCCGCUCGGAAUUUUUAAAUUCUCUUCUCAGUUUCCUUUGCAAAGAAUAUACGGCAAGAUUAUGAGACUUUUUAAGACUUCUUACAAACUAUUGUUUAAGAGGGACGAUUUUUUAUAGAAAAAUAUUUUUUUAUGGCAGAUAUUUCUUUCAUAUUUUAGCAUUCAAUAUUUCAUCAUGAAUUCAUCUGAAUAAUCACGCCUCAACAUAAUCACGAACAAUUUUAUAAAGGAUAUAUAUUCAUGGAAGAGAAAGCAAUUUUACUGAAAUCUUUUUAGCAGGGUAAAAUUGGGUAAUACUUAACACAAAGCUUGUCAAUUUUUAGAAAUACAACUGUGAUGUGUAUACUGAGUGAUAGAAUGGUAACGUAUUUUAGGUUCUAGCAAAACUGCAAUAAAAGAGUAGAAUAUUACUAAAUAUUGCUUCAUAAUAAUCAUUUACAAAUCUAUCUAACAAAAUCUGUUAGAUUUUUAAUCUUUCCAUUUAAUUGAACUUAAGGUUGAAAUCUACUUUAGGGUGCGCCUUCACUUCGCCAAGGCGGCAAGCAGCACCAACUCGCCAAGGUAAAAAAAUCAAUCAGUUAAACCUGUCGAUAACUAUUUUACAGUAUUGUUUUAUAUUAUUAUUACUGAAAUGAAAAAUUUAGGAUUUUCAGCAGCAAAGUCUGUUAUGCCCUAAUGCCAGAGAAUCAGAGUUAAUAAAUAUCAAAAAUCUUCAGUGAACGGAGAAAAAUUUAAAGAAGGCGCUUAUGAAAAAUAGUUUUUUUGGAUCAGAAUUCUAAGAGACGAAAUUUCUUGGUGAUUGAAAGUGAGCUUGUUCCAAAGGUAUUUUCUUUGAGUUGAAUACUUCAAACAGUGCUAGAGAAUAUGUUUAAAUGUCAUUUUCUCGGUUACAGGAGAGAUAGGCAGGAUUGUUAUAAAGUCCAGAUUUAUUCAGUAGAGAUGGGGUGAUGAUCUCCCGGGUAAUUAGAUAUGUUAUCACAUCUUAACCUAUUUUUAAGCAAUGACGGAAGGGAAAGAAUGGAUGGUAUAUCACCUAGAGCUUCUUGGUACUUGGUAUUUCGAUAAAUUUGGUGUAUAUUUUGGAGCGUGGUUUUUGAUAAGAGAUUAAAUCAUCAACAGCAAAGUAUGGGUAUGACUCCGUGACUGUUUUUGCAAGAUAAUCUGCCUUUUCAUUCCAAGUGAUGUUUGAAUGCCUUGGAGUUCAUACCAAAGUAUUGCUUUAUCUGAUCAGCCAUCUUGAUUAGAAACUUGGCGUUGUUGGCAUACUUGACAAAGUGAAGAAAAAUCUAAGCCAGAUCUCAACAUAAUUUGUUUAUUUAUUCUAUAUUAUUUAAUUUUAACUGAGAUUCGUACAUAAGGUUUGUUUUUAAAUCUCUAAAAAAAGAGGUAUUAAUCAUGAGAAUUUUUAAUUGUGAUCAAAGCAAUUUUAUGUGCUUUGUAAAG